UCGUCUCGUUGGUUUCGUUGACCGACCAACUUGUUUAUAAAUUGUAUUGUAAUUUAAUUUAAUUUAAAGCAUUUUGUUUUAAUGUACUUAUUUCAUAAUGGUUACUUCUAAUACUUCACAAGACCUAAGUGUUAUGCAUCGUCAUAUCGUCCAUUCUGAAUUGUGAUCAAUAAGCAAUAAUAGUGAUAUUUUCUCACAUAAUUAUGGUUAACUGACGUUAGACAGUGCAUCCUCAAUUAUGGCAGACCCAGGUUAUUACCACAGUGAUUAUAUUCGUCACCCUGUCCUUUACGAACUGGGUGUCAAAUAUGGAAUUAAGACGGAAUGUAUUCCAGAAAUAGCGUUGCCGUCUAAGUUGGAAGAACUCAAGGAUGUUAUACGUAGGGAGAUACGUAAAGAAUUGAAAAUAAAGGAAGGCGCGGAGAAAUUACGUGAAGCUACCACCGAUCGAAAAUCGCUUUCCUAUGUUGCGAAUCUUGUAAAACAAGCUAAUAUCAAGUUAAAUGAACUUAAAUCUGAUUUGCAAGAAUUAGAAUCCCAGUUAAUUUUAUCACGCGGUCAGUCUACUCCGACGUCGCCCGAGGAUUUGUCUUAUGAUGAGGAAAUUAUUUUGGCCUCUGAAGCGGCGCAACAACAACGCCAGCUUGGAGAGGGUACCACUGAUCGUAAGCUGGCAUCACUUGAAAAACAGUUGAAUAUUGAACUAAAGGUAAAGCAAGGAGCCGAAAAUAUGAUACAAAGUAUUAGCAGCAGUAAUCAAUCGCGUGACAAGAAGUUGUUAGCAGAAGCCCACCAAAUGCUAGCAGAUUCUAAAGACAAAAUAGAAUAUUUAAAAUUGCGAAUAUCAAAACUUUCUAAACAACAGAAAGGUGACAAUGCAGGGUCAAAUGGUGAUGGUCGAAACAUGGAUAUGAGUGGUGUUGACCCACUACUUGAUGAACGCAUUGCUGAAUUGAGAAAUCGAUUACGUAUAGAGGCUGCUGUAGUAGAAGGAUCCAAGAAUGCCAUAAGACUCUUGCAAAGUGAUAAAAAAGUCACAGACAAGAAAGCUCUACAAGAAGCUCAAACAAAUUUGUUGGAGUCAACACAAAAAUUAGAUUUGUUACGUAGAUCGUUGGAUAUGCGUCGUCAAGAAUUGCCAGCUGAAAGUGCGGCAUUCAUAGAAUUAGGCCAUGAAUUAAGAAGCACAGGAUCUAGUCCUGGCUAUGUCAGUUUAUCCGGUGCAACGAAUGCCCGCCCACCUUUCAUAUCUCCAGCUCCACUUAUCAGUCCAUGUGUUCAAGUAACUGGCACAUUGGAGGUGAGAUUAAUGGGAUGUCAAGAUCUAUUAGAAGAUGUACCUGGUCGUACUCGCCGAGAUCCAUUAGCCAGCCCAUCAGAUUUGAAGUCCUUUGUAAAAGGGGUCACUAUAAGAAACUCAAUGAAGUACACAUACAGCAUAAAAGAAGACACAAGUAAUGAAAUUAUGGCUGUGAUGAAGCUUGACAAUCAUACUGUUGCUCAGACAAGUUGGAGGCCCUGCUCUCAACAAGCCUGGGAUCAAAGAUUCACUAUAAAGUUGGAUAAAUCCAGAGAGCUGGAAAUUGGAAUUCACUGGAAAGAUUGGCGUGGAUUAUGUGCUGUGAAAUUCCUGAGAUUAGAAGAAUUCAUUGAUGAUAUCCGACAUGGAAUGGCUUUGGAAUUAGAACCUCAAGGAUUAUUAUUUGCAGAAAUUAAGUUUUUAAAUCCAAUUAUAUCAAGGAAACCAAAAUUGCAACGUCAGAGAAAAAUUUUCAAGCAACAAGGCAAAAAUAUUCCACGGCCGUCAUAUGGAGACAUGCAUAUUCCUGCUGUUGUAUUAGGAAGAUUAUUAAAACGUUCGUCACCGUCAGUUCAAAAUAUUCAGAAUGCACUCAGUCAAUCUCAGCAACAUCAUUUUGAAUCACCGCAUGACAUGAAAGAUAUUGAAAAUACAAAUGCCACAUUUACUGGUAUGGCCGGGAUUCGCCCAUUGGGUUUGCCUCCCACUCCAACUACACCACAAGUGCCUGUUCUGCCUCCACCUAAGCCUUCUCUGCCAUUACAACCUCCACCAAAUGUAUCUACAUUAAGGAUGGAGAAAGAGCUCCAAGAAGCUUUUGCAUUUUUAGAAGACUCAUAUACUAGGGAUAACUAUAUAUCAAAGGAACAACAGCCAUCAGCUUGUAAUACUCCAUUAGUUGAAUAUCCACCAUCGCCUUCACCAAAAUUGGUUUUGGAAUAUCCAAGCAGUGAAGAUCAAAUUGUUGAAAUUGCAAGUAAUAUGCGUCUAUCAUCAUCAAGGUCUUCUUCAGUUAUUGAAACAAUGAGUAAAGAGCCAGAUUCUAGAAGGCAAUCUGGUGAAAUGUCAAUGAACAGCUUCAGAUUGUUAAGUGUCUUGGGCAGAGGACACUUUGGAAAAGUUAUAUUAGCUCAAUAUAAACCAACCAAUGAAUACUUUGCUAUAAAAGCUUUAAAGAAGGGUGAUAUUAUAGCCAGAGAUGAAGUAGACUCACUACUAUCUGAGAAACGAAUUUUCGAAGUAGCCAAUGCAAUUCGACAUCCGUUUUUAGUUAACUUAUUUGCAUGUUUUCAAACAGAACAGCAUGUAUGUUUUGUCAUGGAGUAUGCUGCUGGUGGUGAUCUUAUGAUGCAUAUACAUGCUGAUGUUUUUACAGAGCCCAGGGCUGUAUUUUAUGCAGCUUGUGUAGUAUUAGGCCUACAGUAUUUACAUGAAAAUAAUAUUAUUUAUAGAGAUUUAAAGUUGGAUAACCUGCUUCUGGAUACUGAAGGUUAUGUAAAAAUUGCUGAUUUUGGAUUGUGUAAAGAGGGUAUGGGGUGGGGUGACCGCACUGGUACAUUUUGCGGGACACCUGAAUUUCUUGCUCCUGAAGUAUUAACAGAGACCUCAUAUACAAGAGCAGUUGAUUGGUGGGGUCUUGGUGUUCUUAUUUUUGAAAUGUUAGUUGGUGAGUCACCAUUCCCAGGUGAAGAUGAGGGAGAGGUAUUUGAUUCUAUUGUAAAUGAUGAGGUCCGAUACCCUAGAACACUGUCUUUAGAAUCAAUUGCAUUAAUGCGCCGAUUGCUUAGAAAAAAUCCAGAAAGGCGUUUAGGUUCCUCAGAACGAGAUGCAGAGGAUGUUAAAAAACAGGCAUUCUUUAGAAAUGUUGACUGGGAACAAUUGCUCCUAAGAAAAGUUAAACCACCAUUUGUGCCAACUAUCAACAACUUAGAAGAUGUUAGUAACUUUGAUAGUGAGUUCACUUCUGAAGCAGCUGUACUCACUCCUCCCAAAGAGCCAAGACCUCUUAGUACAGCUGAUCACAAACUUUUCUGUGACUUCACAUACAUGGCAGACUGGUGCUAGGCAGCUAUAAAUCACUUUUAUUUUAAAUUUAGGAUAAUUCUUAAUGAUAAAAACAAUAAAACCCCAUUGCCUUAACUAAUGCGAGUGAAAAAACUGUAUUUUGAUAUAAUCUAUCUAAUCUAUUCUAAAGGGUAUCUUAGAAGAUACUCAUGUUGACUUGUAUUUAAUGCAGUUAAAUGCAAUAUUUUAUUAUAAAUUGUGUAAUUUAAAUAAGUUUUAAAUAGUGAUAACCUUUAUUUUUUUAAAACAUCAUGUUAUAGAUUUACAUAUUAUGUAGUUAUAUUUAAUUAACCUGAAAUUAUUCUUAAGAGAAUGUGUGUCAAAUAAAUCAUUACAUCUUCA